AUGGCUAUUCUAACCACCAAAAGUGCCAUCAAACAUUAUCUAGGUAGCAAAGAUUGUGGAAUCUUACAAUCGGACAUAUAUCACGUACCAUAUCCCGCCAAACCGAAUGUUUCGCCUUUCUGCAAAAAUAGAGCAACACUGUUAGAAGCUUUGAGUAGUGGGGGCAGACAUGGAUUCGAUGAACCAUAUGUUGGGAAGGGUUGCACAUAUCGAUGGUUUUCAACAUCUGAAAUAUGUAUGAUCCUCGAACGAUUCAGCGCUGUCGUGUUCCUCGGUGAUGAGACAGCUCAAGCUAUAUAUGCUGCUCUCAAUGUCUUCUUACGAGAAGAUAUAUCCCACGGUGGCUUGCAGGAAUGGAUGAUGACGGAUGAUGAACGAAUUGCUUGCAAAUGCGAUGCUCAAUUCUUAGAUAAUAAUUGUCUCGGAUAUUCUGUGAAGAGCUUUGAGGAAGUUAUCAAAAAUGAAGCAAAUGACCCAAAAGGAAGCCCAUAUGCAUGUCAAAGAACUCCACAUGCUUACAUACCUUUCAUGACCACACCUGCGUCAUCCGCUGCCAUAGCUACAUUUCAAUCAUUAGCAUACCAAAAACCAGAUCCUUGGCAACCUACUCCCGUGAUCUUCUCUCUCGGCCAUAGAUUUUCUCACGAUAUGAAGUUCUCCGUAGACUCGAUAAAUGAAUGGAUUGGUAUCACCAAUGGUGCUGAACGCAAUAUUCCAAUAUUACUUCUUGGUCCUACUGCCUACGGCGUCUCAAGACAAUCAAGUAACGAUGGUAACAUGGAAAUAUGGAAAUACCAAGAAGAGUUAAAUAGAAUCGCGCCCGAUAAACAUAUGGAUAUUCUUCGUCUUUGGAAUUUGACUAUACAGGCGAGUAGUAUGGAUGGUGAAAGAUAUGGGGAGAAGGUUGCGCUGGUUCAAGCUAUGAUGGUUAUUAAUUGGUUAGCGAAGCUGGAAACUUCCUAG